AUGGUUUCGGCCCCUCCUCUGUCACAGGGAGCCGGCUACGGUGUAGUCAUCGGCCUAGGUACCCUCUUCGCUGUCGUCGUCGUCGGUAUCUCACGAUCCCUCGUCCGAUACGCCGGUAUCUCGAAAGACGCUGAAGAGUUUAGUGUCGCUCGUCGUUCGCUCGGAACUGGUCUGACCGCAGCCGCUGUCAUUAGUUCUUGGACAUGGUCUACCACCCUACUUUCUUCUGUCUCUACUGCCUACAACUACGGCGUAGCCGGUGCCAUGCUCUACGCCUCGGGCAAUUGCACCCAAAUUGUGCUAUUCUCCACCCUCGCCAUCCAGCUCAAACGUCGUGCUCCAUCGGUCCACACUUACCUCGAGCUCGUCCGCAUCCGAUUCGGCACCUUUCCACACCUCACCUACAUCUUCUUUGCUCUCGCUACCAACAUUUUGGUCUGCAGUUCGGUUUUGCUCGGUGGCGCCGCCGCGAUUAACUCGAUCACAGGCAUGAACGUCUACGCUGCGCUCUUCCUCCUCCCCAUCACCGUCAUCGCCUACACCCUCCGUGGCGGUCUUCGAAGCACAAUCCUCGCAGACUACCUGCACACGAUCAUCAUCUUCGUAAUACUGUUCGUUUUCUGGCUUCGUGCCUACGCGACCUUCCCCGAAAUCGGCAGUCCAGGAGCAAUGUACGACCUUCUCAUCAACGCUCAGAAAAACAUCAGCAUCGAUGGCAACUACGAUGGAAGUCUUCUUACUCUCAAGACUGAGGGAGGACAGUACUUUGCUUGGCUGUCCGCGUUCGAGUAUACCGGUGUCGUUUUCUUGGACGCGAGCUUCCAUCAGAAAGGAGUUGCAGCGAUGCCAGAAGCUGCGUUCCCAGGUUAUCUGAUCGGAGGUUUGGCUUGGUUCUCGAUUCCUUUCUGUUUGGCAACCACUGCCGGUCUGGCUGCUCUUGCUCUCGAGACCACGUACCCCGGUUUUCCGACCUACCCCAACCGCAUUCCCAAGGCCGACGUUUCUGCAGGUCUCGUCCUUCCCUAUGCCGCUCAGGCGCUGUUGGGUAAGGGAGGCUCAGCAGCUGUGCUUUUGCUCAUGUUUAUGAGUUGUACCUCGGCCAUUUCGGCUCAAAUGGUUGGUGUGUCCGCUGUUGUCUCUUACGACAUCUUCAAGACCUACUUCAAGCCAACCAUAUCCCCUGAGAAGCUCCUUCGCGUCAACCAGUACGUCGUCGUCGGAUUCGGUUUGUUCGCCGCCGCCUUUGGAAGUCUGCUUCACGGGAUUGGAUUAGACCUUGGAUUCAUCUACAACUUUACAGGAAUCUUUACAUGUGCUGGUCUAUCUCCACUGAUCUUCACCUUCUUCGACACAAGGUUGCAUCCAGCGGUGGUUUUCCCAGGCAUCUGGAUCAACUUUGCGUCAGGUGUUGCAGUAUGGCUCGCCGUGGCUUGGCACAAAUAUGGCGUUGUGGAUCUGUCCAGUGUGGGUGGGGUGGUGCCCUGUUUGGCAGGUUCAGGCACAGGCAUUGGAGUUGGUUUAGUUCUCUCCACGCUCUCAGUUCUCUUCUUCCCACGCGACUUUGCCUGGAGCCGAAUUCCCGAGAUCCUCGAACAGCAGCACAAGGAACAGGUCGAACGAGGUGCGAAGCAACAUCUUCCUGGAACCGCUGGCGACAGCUCGCCAAAUGGUGACAGCGAAAAGGCGCGAAGCAUCACGUCAAGCCCUGACCCCCGAACGCAGCUUGAGUUCAUCGAAAAUGAUCCAUCCUACAACCCCGCUCGCCUCGACCGUUUCUUCCGCAUUGCCGUCGCUUCGUCCUUCACGAUCUUUGUGGUCAUCACCAUCAUCUGGCCUUUCUCGCUCUACCGAGACUACAUCUUCAGCAAGUCAUUCUUCGAAGGAUGGGUGGUGGUCUCGUUCAUCUGGGCCAUCCUUGCCUUCACGGGUGUCGGAAUCUUCCCUGUAAUUCAGGGUAUUCCCGUGGCCAGGGUGAUCCUGCUGAACUUGAGGAACAAGAUUCGUGGUGGUCAGACCAUGUCCAACGCAAGCGAGACAGCUGAGAAGAGCAAAUCCGGAGAGGAGAGGAGAGGCUCGGGCGGCACCAACACCGCGACUGCAGAAACGCCUUCGUCUUCGGGGACGAAGAACAAGCAGCUGCAGACUCACAUUGACUCUGCUUAUAUCGCUUGA